AUGAGCUCCAGCUGGGAAGACGACGAUGAAACCGCCACUGCGGUGGCUGGUUGUCUCAGGCGGUUUCGAGACUUGGUCGGCCUGGACAGCGCGCGGGUCACCCCUGAUCUCGAGCGCGAGAUGGCUAGAAGGACAAGAGGUCUGAUGGCAGGUAUGCUCUCGCAGCAACACCAGAAUUCACCAACCACUGCGCCAAAUGGACUGGGCCUACUCACUCCGGGCACCAGCGCCUCGACCUGGAGCACUUCUGCAGAGGUGCUCGAGAGACUUCAAGCCGUCCAACGCGAGGGACGCCGUAAAGUUCAAGCCAAAAAGCUCGAGAGGAUCCAGAAUGAGCAACAAGAGGAGUCCAGAAGAGCCGAAGAGGAGGAACGAGACAGAGUCAGCCGUUGGAGAAAGGCUCAAGAGGAGGCACGAGAACAGGCUGCCCGUGCGAAAGCUCAGAAUGCGGCUGCUGCCAGAGCCCGAGCAGAUGCAGCUGCAGUUGCGGCGCUCAAAGCCCAGAAGCAAGAAGAGGAUAGAGCUAUGCUCAAUAACUUCAGAGUCCAGCAACGACUCAACAUCCAGCAUUUCAAGCAGCAAGACCAUUUCUCCCUCAGGCUGCGUCACACAAGGGCCGGCCAGGCUAUGAGGGAAUUCUUUGCCAGAGCCAAAGCUCAGGCUGAAGCUGAGGUCGACCAGCUUCGAGCUCAACAGAUUGAGCUGGCUCUCGCAUCUGCCCAGCAAGACUUGGAUCGUCUCACACUUCAACAUGACCCGAUCAACGCAAUCGAAGCUGCUCGUCGUGCAGCCCUACAAGAGCGAGCUAGGCAAGCCGAGGAGGAUCGCCUGAGGGUCGAGGGAGAGCGGGCUGCUCGAGCCGAAGCUGAAAGGCUCGCACAAGCCGAAGCUGCCAGAGUCGCCCGCGAACAACAGGCCGAAGCUGCCAGAGACGCCCGCGAACAACAAGCCGAAGCUGCCAGAGUCGCCGCUGCCAGGCAGGCUGAGAUCAACAGACUCGCCGCCGCGCAACAAGCUGAAAACGAGCGACAGAGGGCUAGAGACGCUCGCCAAACUCGACUGAAUGAUGAAACCGCCCUUUCUGGUGAGAGUCAGCUUACCAUCAUCAUCGACCAAUGGCAAGCCGAUUUCCUGCAGGUGGUUCAUCCUCUCGGAUACCACACCGAGCUGUAUCGUGCUGUCGCACAUCUAUGGUUGGUGGACGAGAAUCAACUUGGUAUCGUGCAAAGGAAGUGUCAGACAUUGUGGAAUGCUGUUCUGAGUGGUGAUGAAGAAGACUGA